AUGUCGGCUCGUUCGAAUGACACCCCGCUCUCCUCCUCGCCAAAGCGCAAAGCAGCCGCACAAACACAGUCCAAGAUCGGCUCUGGAUUCAGCGGUCUAUGCUCACCCAAGUUCUCUUUCCGCGCAGCUUUGGUGCAGCAUAAAGCGUCUAAACUCGCUUGCAAACCAGCAGCACCACUAGCAGGAGAGACGAGUGUAGACAUGCAACCAAUCUCCUCUUCGGUUUCGCAGGACAGCAAACUCGCUCGACCCAUCAUUCGAACUGCAGCCAGCAGUAUUCCUUCCCUCAGUAACAGCGCUAGGAAUCGAACCAACUCAACUGCACUAGACAGCUCAACCCUGCCCCGCAGGCGGAAUGCAUCCACCAGUCCCGAAGAAAGGAGAGCCGCUUCAUCACUCGGGAAACGACCGGUGGAAGAAAUGGUCUCGAUGGCAUGCGUCAGUGAUUUUGGUGCGCUACUCCCUAAGACGCAGGGUGGAGCGUGUAAGAAUGCAACCGCGAUGGCUGGUGUCAAUAGGUCCAAGUUGCCUGGUCCUCCUUCUGCCCGUACCGCAUGGAACGGUGGCUUGGGAGGCUUGGUCAAGAUGGCCGCUUCUCCAUCCAUGUCCAAGGUUGCCAGGAAGGUCGCUAGGUCUGAUGCUGUGGGUGAGGUUCAUGCGUCCAUCUCCCCCAACACCAGCAGCACUAGCAGUCGGAGAGGAGCGUCACCGGCAGAAACGAGGAUCGCAAGUCGUAAUAGGACCAUAAGCGGUGCUUCCUCAAGAUCAGUUGCUACCGUGCAAAGGCCCAAGAUUGCCACCUUGCCCAAACCAAAGGCGAGACAAGUGCCGGCGAAGACCUUGUUGCAUGAACGGCCGCAGGGGUUGUUGUUGAGUGGCAUGUCUGAUGCGGAGCAAGGCUCUGGCUCUGAGAGCGACCAAGAAGAUGAGCAGGAGGAAGAGGAGAACGAGGGGGAGGCGCUCCAUGUUUCGCCCAUCCGAACCAAACCGCUCGUAGCAGCAGAGGAGGCAUCAAAGACCCUCCCUUCCUCCGCCGCAACAACGGCGGCAAGUGGGUCCAGGAUCCCUAGCAUUGGCAGCAGCUCGGCAAGUGCAAGGGUAGGGAUGAGACCACACCGACGAUCCUCGAGCAACAGCGUCACCCUCGCUCAAGCCGGUGAGAAGGAGAACCUCUCCCACAACCCCGCCAAGCCAGUCGGUCUUGCAUCCAAGCGACACAGCAUGGGACCAGGCUUCAACGCACAAUCUCGACCGCGAUCAAGCCUUGCACUCGCCAUUACACAAUCUUCUUGCCACCCACCAAAGGCGAGCCAAGUCGCUAUCGCAGAAGAUCCCGCCGCAACUCCACCACCAGCUUCGCCAACGAAAACUUGUCUCUCUACACUUCGGUCUCGUAGUCAACAGCAGGCAUCGGGCACAGACAAUCAAACGGCCAAACAGGGGCUUGGGAUAAAGUCUUCUAUCAUUUCUGCCAACCCGAUCCAUCCGUCGAUCCUUGCUCUGCAGUCUACAAAAGUGGCAGCUCAUCAACCGAUAAGUACUCCCGAGGCCUUGAUUAAGGCCAAGAAGCGGUGGAGUGCGGUCCUUCUGUCUUCUUCCGGUUCUACUUGUUCCUUGGCGAGUGCCCGAGGUGUGGCCGGUUCGUCUUCCGAGAUAGUAAGCAGCUUAGGCAGGUCGCAGUCGGCAAGCACCAGGCUCGGAGCGUUGCAGAAGAAAGCAGCGCAGAGUACACCGGGGAAGCCUCAACCACCAACAGCAGCAGCAGAAGCAGCAGCAGCGGGCAUGGUAAGCAGCGGGUCUCGAUCACCUAUCAAGUCUUCGCUUUUGCUCUUUCCUUGCACCGAGAAAGAGGCUGUUUCGCCGCUGGAAAAGCACCUCCCGACUGCAACAGCAGCGGCAGGGGAGGUAUCGGCUAGUGAAAUCGACGCAAAUCUUCUCGCCAGCUUAAAAGUCGUUGCUGGUAAGGCUAAUCUCGAUGUUCACGACCUCCUUCACCAAAAGCCGGAACCGGGGGUUAGAGCAAGGAGCGAGGCAAGCCAAGAUCUAGACCCAACUUUCGGUGAUGUUAGCGUUGAUCUGAUGGCUUUGGAUCUCGCCAAUUCCUCGCCUGUUUCCGAUACGAGCAUGCUUCUCUCAUCCGCUGCACAGGUGGGGUAUCUAGACACACCACCUAGCGCACUCGCCCGCACCAACGCUACCCAGCUUCAAGCAGAGCAGGAAAGAGAGCAAGACACAUCCUGCGCAAGCCCCUCGCUUCGAGCCGCCGCAGCUUCUACAUUACUUCGCAGAACAGAGGUAGCAGAGACCCCCAUCCGUCGCGGCGGCGGUGUUGGAGUUGCGGGGUACAGAAACGUCCCUUCCAUCCCCUCAACCCCCAUCCCCUCAACCCCCAUCCCCUCAACCCCCAUCCCCACCACCACCUCGACCUCAACCUCAACGUCGCCAUGCAAGUGUCCACGCUCGGCAGGAAUGUCAGCAAAGACAAGGAUGAGGUUGAAAAAGGCCCUCCGCGAAUCUCUCGGGAUGGAAGCGCAUUUUGCAACUCUAAACUUCAACCCCUCUUCCUCGGGUUCGAAUGCGCAAGGAGAAGAGAAAAUACAGGAGCGGAAGAAAGAGAUGCAAGGGGACGGGGGAGAUGGAAUUGGGAAAAGUCCAAGUACGAUGUUGCUCACGGACGACGACAAGUAUUUGGAUGAGUUAGUUUCAGCAGUUGCUAGGAUCGGCUUGGACGAUAUGGUUGGCGACCAACACACCGCCUCUCCUCUUGCUCCUCCUACACCCACCGAACACGAGAGGGAUAUGCAGGCCAACAACUCGGACGCAGCUCAAGAGAAAGAUGCAUCAGAACUGCAGACGCAUCUCUCGUCAGCUUUGGCAGAGCUGGAUUGCUUACGCUCAGCCCUCGCUCUAUCCCAAUGCAACACAACCACCCUCGAAACGCAGCUAGCACACAGUAAGACGGCAGUGCAAAAGAGCACACGUACCCAGCACAUGCUCCAAUCAGACCUCACAGCACUACAAUCCCAAAUCGCCGCUGUCGAGCGCGACAAAGCCAAAUCCAGCUGGACUAGAGCCAGGACGGAAGCACUGUCCGAAUUGCAAGACGUCAAAGUUCAGGCUGACGCCAUCCUGGUACUUGGUAGCCAGAUCGAGCUUUGGGAGGCGCUUGUUAGGGCUUCUAUGUAG